AUGGACAUCACAAAACAGUUCCAACAAGCAGUAGAGGACGAGUACAUAGAAGCACACGAAUCCGAGGGAUUACCAAUCGAGACUAUUAGAACACAAUUUAAACAACUUGUCGACUCAUCAAAACCAGUAGAAUCCUCAGACAUUAAUGAACAGAUCAAAAACAUUCAACGAGAAAUAGCCGAGAAGGAAAAAGGUCUAAAAAAACUCUCAAUGGCGAUCUUGACGGGGGAGGUCGACAUCUACGAGUGCACUUCACAAAACUCUGCCGGGCGUCAAUUGUCACAGUGGGCAAAUGACAUGGAACAGAAAAUCACUCAACGGUUUUCGUUGUACAAAACGGAGAACAAAACAAAAGUAUUCGCCAUUAAACACUUCGACAUCGUCGCAGACCAACUCAAAGACAAAAUUUUUAAGUUACAAAAGCAAGCAAAUAACGAAACUAAAAUCAUGUGGAACAUCGUCAAUUUGAACAACGAAUUACUCUUUAAAAGACACCCAGAACUCUUUAAUGAAACAUCACAAAAUUCAUUGCAAAAUAACACUGAAAAGAGUGGAGAAGAGGAGAGCACAACACAACAACAACAACAGUUGCCUCAGGCACAACCAAAAAGUCUUGAAUGCACUAAAGCAAACGAAAAGACAAAUGACACAAAACCAGUCCACAUCGAACAGUCAAUUUUUGACGAUUUCGACGACGACAUCCCACACACAGAAGAACAACCACUGAUUGUGACGAAACCCACACAAAAUACAAUUCCAAUAAAAACACGUGAAAAUAAUAAACAGACGGAAAAGGUGCGCGCAUCAGAAAUCGUCUCACAGAAAGUUGAAGUCGAUUUUGACGGCGUCUGGGAUGAAAACAGUGAACAAGACGACGAAAUAAAAAACGAAGAAAAUAAAAUUCUGAAACAGUCGCAGAGUAGGAUGGACGAUGUCUUGAAAGGAAUUGUCGAAAAGAUCACAAAUAUCAACGAACUCAACACGAAAAUCGGGGAAAUGGCACAGAUACAGCUCGAAAAUACACAACACAUUGUGGACGCAGUGGAAGAGGCGCAGGUUGCAAUUGUUGUUGGGAAUAAAGCGCUUACGGAAGCCCACGAGAUGAUGAAAAGCUGGUGGACACCAAAGAAGCUUGCGGGGAUGUUAUUCUUUAUUGCCGGGUUGUUGUUGCUCAUCAAUCACUUUGGUACCAAUUGA